UCUGGAACUCUUGAAUCCGGGAGGUGGAGGGGCCUACGCACGCAACCCAGCCACCGGAACAUCCAACGGCUCAACAAUGCGCAACGGCGUUUUACAGUAUCAUCCGUAUCGAUUUUUCUGCGAGUUUCUCUUCGAGUAGCCCCUCAGACCGCAUACCUGCCUCGUCGCGCACGGUUUUUUUCUAAUUGAAUCUGGUUUAUGUUUACCGACUGCUCCUGAUCGUAUCGCAUCACCGACCGCUCAUCCCCGUCGAGCCUCUGCGCUCGCGCGCUGAUUGUAGCAAGUCUUAACCGCAAAAGAGAGAACACACAAUGGCGUCUGCAGGCCGCGGAAUACAAUACACCAUUCCAGCAAGGGAAGAUUUUAAUAAACUCGCCGAGGAACAAAAGACACGUAUCAACGAGGCGUUUGACCUCUUCGACUCCAACAAAGACGGCCUCCUCUCGUACGAGGAAUUCCGGUUCGUGCUGCGCGCGCUCGGGUUCGAGCUGCCCAAGCCGCAGACGUACGACCUGCUGAUCCGGCACGGGCAGAAGCCGGCCAACUGGCCGCACGACCAGGAGUGCGCGCCCGUGUACCGCCUCUUCAACCUGCCGACGGCGCAGGCGAUCGCGGGGACGCUGAUCCGGGCGCGCGACCCGCGCGAGGAGCUGCGGCGGGCGUUCCGGCUCUUCGACACGGACGGCAAGGGCAUGAUCACGCAGGACGACCUGCGCAAGGUCAGCAAGCAGGUCGGCAACAACAUACCCGAUGCGGAUAUCGUGGCCAUGAUUGAGGAGUUUGACGCGUCCGGGAAAGGCGGGGUGGACGAGGACGAGUUUUUAAGGUUGAUGAUGUCCAAGAAGUAAGGGGAAGAGGAAGGAAGGGAGGGGGG